AUGGGGUCAGUUCCCCCUCGGCCGCCACCCUCAAAGAGCGUAAUCACUCGACGGCCCUGUCCGGAGCAGCUCUCGUGGCUCAAAAAAAGUGCCCUCCCUCCACACCAUCCGAGGCCAAUUGAAAACGUGAUGAAAGACGCUCAGGAUAUAUUCUCCUACGGGUUCAACGUCGGCCAUUCUCGGUUCUUCUCAUGUGUUCCCUCCCCAGCAUCCAAAGUCUCCUGGCUCGGAGACGCAAUGACAUCCGCAUUCAAUCCGUUCGGAGGAAGUUUGGAGGCUGGGACAGGCGUCUGUACAGUGGAGUCGUCAUUGAUAGAGUGGAUUGCACAGAGAUUCGGUCUCCCAACUUCCGCUGGUGGACACUUUGUCUCCGGGGCAUCAAUGGCAACUCUCACGGCUAUAAUUGUAGCGCGGGACCAAAUUCUCGGCGAGUGCGAAGCAAGACGCUCGAAGGGAAUUGCAUACAUCUCCGACCAAACCCAUUUCUCCGUUCGCAAAGCGCUUCGAAUCAUUGGCAUACCGCUAGGCAAUGUCCGUGUCAUCCCGUCUGACGCAGGGUUCCGAAUGAAUCCCGAUAAGCUUAGCGAGACAAUCCUGGAGGAUAUACGAGAUGGAAGACGACCGUUCCUUGUGGUUGGAACGUGUGGAACAACAGGGAGCGGUGCCAUUGACCCCCUAUAUGAGAUCGGGAAGACUACACGCCUCCAUAAUAUCUGGUUACAUGUCGAUGCGGCGUAUGGUGGAUCUGUCGCGUUCUCAUCCACGCAUUGCUCGCUUGUAAGUGGGCUUAGUAACGCGGAUAGUAUCGCGUGGGAUGCGCACAAGUGGUUAUUCCAGACUCAUGGAUGCGGCGCUGUGGUCUUUCGCGAUGCAACAACCGCACUCUCAAGCUUUAAAACACCCACAGCACAUUUUCUGGUAGAUCUCGACAAGGGAGAGGACCUACCAGAUCUAUGGAAUUAUGGAAUCGAGUUAACCCGGCCGGCACGACACAUGAGGUUGUGGUUUUCUCUACAGGCCUUGGGCAUGGAACGGAUCGACCAGAUGAUUUCUCGGGGGUUUCAUCUAUCAAAGCUGGCUGAGAGGGAGCUCAGUAAACUCCUGGGGUGGAAAAUCAUAUCGCCUGCUACUAUGGGUAUUGUCAAUUUUCGAUUUAUGCCGGAAGGCGAGCCAGCUCCUUACAUGGAUAUUGUGAAUGGCCGAAUAUCGAAGGAUCUGAUUGAUAAAAACAUUGCCGUCAUUCUUACUAGUCGGUUAACUGGUGUGGUCAGUCUGCGUAUGUGUACAAUUAACCCGGAGACAACAGAUGAGGAUAUUAAGGAUGUUGUUCAUGCGUUAGAUGAAGCGGCACAGCUUCAUUACACACCAAGUGGCUAUAUACGUUCUAAGCUAUGA